AAACAGUUACGGUCUACGUUAUCAAGCCUUGGGUCCAUAAACAACCCGUGAUCCCUCCCAGCAAUGCUAUCCCAACCCGCAAUGUGUGCUUUUCGUGCCAGUCUGAAGUGUUGGCGACAUUGGGCUGUCCGAAAAGCUACUCUGGGGUUGUUGGACUUCGGCAAGUGCCGUUGGUUGUCUUCACCAUCAAGUAGAGCCGUUACUGGUAUGGAGGAAAUAUUGGCAAGAGUCGUAUCACCUUUACCGACAUACGAAACAAGAGAGAAAUCUCCGCCUCCUCCAGAAGCCAACAGCUUGGAGUUCAUGCAUUUCUACACAAGUCUUGACAAGGAAGAAAAACUAAAUUUUCUGGCAAAGCUCUCACAUGAAUUUGGAGUGGAUCAUAAAAGCGUUUCGGAGUUCGCUGGGAAGCUUCUACACACCCAACUCAGGGACUUGGCGACCAUUUUGCAGGUGGAGGACAGACUUCGAUAUAGCUUGACACCCCGAUAUAAGCAGCUUCUGAACCACAUAAGCAAGGUGGAAGGGGGGGUGAAGUUUCUGGUUGACCUUAGAGCCGACGUGCUUGAAAUUAUCUCAUCCAAAAGUAGCGAGAGCCCUCACUUAAGGGACCUGAAUGGAACCCUGAAGAGCUUGCUGUCUGAGUGGUUCUCUGUCGGUCUACUCCGACUAGAGCGGAUCACUUGGCAGUCACCCUGUGAGAUCCUACAAAAGAUCAGCCAGUAUGAGGCGGUGCACCCUGUUAGGAACUGGGCUGAUCUGAAACGCAGAGUGGGGCCAUACCGUCGUUGCUACGCCUUCACCCAUGCCGCAAUGCCCGGGGAGCCUCUGGUCGUGCUGCAUGUAGCCCUCACCGAUGAAAUCUCAGACAACAUACAGAGUAUUGUUCGGGAAUUUUCAGCCCUGGACCUGGAAGAAGAUGUAAACAAGGUAAAUGCAGCAAUCUUCUACUCCAUCUCCUCCACCCAAGCUGGUCUACAAGGUGUUGAGCUGGGAAACUAUCUCAUCAAGCGGGUGGUGCGGGAACUGCAGAGUGAGUUUCCCCACAUGGCCCAGUUUUCCAGCCUAUCCCCCAUUCCAGGCUUUUCCCUGUGGCUUCAAGGCCUCCUGAGCCAGUACCGGAAAGAAGGACGUGCCUCGGACCUCCUCUCUGAGCAGGAGUGGGAGGAAAUGAGGCAAUUCACUGACCUAUCCUCAGACGCUAGUGCCAUAGAUGCCCUUCGCAUGUUAAUAGCCACCGGUGAAUGGAUGCGCUCCGAACGUCUCUCGCGUUUACUGGAGCCUGUCCUGAUGCGACUUUGUGCCUGGUAUCUUUACGGGGAGAAGAGGCGAGGUUAUGCACUUAACCCAGUGGCCAACUUCCACCUUCAAAAUGGCGCUACCAUGUGGCGGCUCAACUGGCACGCAGACACAAGCCCAAAAGGCGUGUCCAACUCCUGCGGGAUUAUGGUGAACUAUCGUUACUUCUUGAAUGAGACGUCAAAAAACAGCGCUCUUUACUUGCAGAAUAAAGUCAUCUUGGCAUCAGAUGAAGUUCUCGGAUUGGUCUCGCAAUUUCAGAAAAACAGUAAACUCUGAAAAAAGACACCGUGUGCAUUUAUGAAUCCAGAGUAACGCCUGCACGAUAAAAUAAUCUGCUUUUGGUUGCGGGCCAGCUUGGUGAGCAUCCUCUACUGGUUUUGUUGGCUCAUUUGAAGUACAUUCAUGGGUUAGGUGUUUGCAUCUGGUUGGCUUAGUAGUUGAUGAUAAGAGACUGCAGCUAAUGAAGCACCCUGCAUCUUUAUACGAUUUAGCGUGUUCCAGGAUAACAGUGUAAUGGUUUAAGUAGGAGCAACGAAGCUGUGCAGCUACUGGAAUAAAUGGUCCGUACACUUUGUUGCAGUUUCUUAGAAAACAAUAAGGGAGCGCAUAGAGUAUCGUUUUAAUGUCUAAAAAACACCUGCUGUUAUGCUUCACAUGCUUCACUUUCCCACAAAUGAACUUCAAAUCCUCCAAAACACAAACAAAAGAUGUUUCUAUUACCGUAUUUUCCAGACUAUAAGGCGCACCUUCAAUGAAUGGCCUAUUUUAAAACUUUGUCCUUCUAUAAGGCGCACCAUUAAUGCGUCACGUCAGAUUUUUAAUCCAAAUCGAUCUCAAUUUUAUCUUUAUUUCAACUUCAGAUGCAACAAAUUACUUUAUAAUCACAAAAUAAUGAUCCAUAGUCUUUUUGAUUUAUGAUUCAUAGUCUUCAGCGGGCCACUUAUGAUUGAUUUCAUGACACAAUGCUUCCGGACAGUUUAAAUUUAGGAAUUUAGUCCAUAUAUAAGGCGCACCGGACUAUAAGGGGCACUGUCGGCUUUUGAGUAAAUUUUAGGUUUUUAGGUGCGCCUUAUUGUCCGGAAAAUACAGUAAUACUUUUGUACCUUCUGGAUGACCCCAGAUGUUAGGGGGGCUAAAUGUUAUGGUAACAAGUGAGGCUUUUAUUAUCCUGUCACUGUCAAAUUCAGGAAAAAUGUUUGAAAUUAAUAGACGUAAUCCAUCCACAUAAAUCAUUUGCGGGGCAGUAAAGUAUGUCAGACCGUGACAAUAAACAUAGAACAUGACUUUAAUUAUUUUUACGAUCUAUUGUGACCUUCGUAGUUCACCAGUUUCUCACCUGAAGCGUUAGGAAGGAUCCGCUUGAUGUAUUUCCCCCCUUUUUCUUCCGAUAAUUUUGCUGACACACACAGCACCGAGCUCCCCCAGAGAGCCAUCGGUGCUGUUCUAACAGUUCUGUGCAGGUGCCAAGGAGGACUCAUAUCGGCCCACACCCCAUUGUUGUGAAAUAAUACAUCGCAGCAAGUUGACUGUGAAAUUACAUUUUAUGUCUCCAAGGAGCCAAACUUUCUUCUCUUUUUUUUCUUACCGUGCUUUUUCUCCACCCUUUUCUCUCACAGUGCUGCUCUAUGUCCUGAAACUAAUGGAGUGAGAAAUAAAAUUAAAGUAAAUGGUUAGAUUGAUGGGGUUCAAUUGUGAAGCAGGGGGGAGGAGAACAAAGAACCAUAAAAAGGACUGUUGGUUAUAGGAUGCCCUUGAGAGACCUGUUUGUCUCUUCAAACGCCCGCGGUGCUCCAUGCACGUGUGGAGUGGGUACCAGUGGGAAAAAAAAACUGUGCCAUAUUUAAUUAUUUCUUUAAAUAAAUAACCAUAAAGCAGUUUUUGAGGAAAUCAACUGUAAUUCAUCAUUUUUGAAAUAUUAUUGAAUGCUGUACAGUUAGUUUUUUUUUUUUUGUCAGUCUGGCAUUUCCUGUAGGAGAAAGAAGACAAAUUGCUUGUUCAGUGAGUGGUUACAGCACUGUAAUUUGAUUUAUCGAUACAUCCCAUCCCUCAAAUGCAAUGAUACUGGAGGUAUUUUAACAAUACAAGUUAAUAGACAAAAUGCAGAUAAAAAAAGAAAGCCGAAAUCCUAAUUCACAUCCCAACAAGAAUCAUCUUGCCUUCUGUUCUUCCUACAGCGGUGUUUGCCAAUGUGCUGACCUAUGUGCAUAUGUGAAAAUAAUAAAAUCUCUUUGUGCA